AAGGUUUUGGUUCAAGCCGUUCCUGGUCGAGGCUCAUUUCGACCUCGGACCGUUCAUUGGCUAGCGUAGGGACACCCUCUUCUCCAGGAUGAGCGCUGCCAAGAAGGUCACCGUGGUUGGCAGUGGCAACUGGGGUUGCGCCAUCGCCAAGAUUAUCGCCAAGAACUGCGCGCGCCACGACGAAUUCCAAAACGAGGUCACUAUGUGGAUGUUCGAGGAGCAGGUGGAGCACCGUGGUAUCAAACGCAAACUCUCCGAGGUGUUCAACGAGUCCAAAGAGAACGUCAAGUACCUACCAGGCAAGGUGCUGCCAGACAACAUCCGCGCCGAGCCUGAUCUGAAGAAGGCCGCGGAGGGAGCGGACAUCUAUGUGUGGGUAUUGCCGCACCAGUUCGUGCCGAGGACAGUCUCGAGCAUGGGCCCAGUCAAAGAGGGCGCAAUGUCUGUCAGCCUCAUCAAGGGCGGUCUCGAGCUCGAGGGCGGCAAGAUGGGCCUGUGCUCGGACGUGCUGCGCAAGCUGCUCAAGCACAACGUCUCGGUGCUCAUGGGUGCGAACGUGGCCAACGAGGUCGCCGAUGAGCAGUUCUGCGAGGCCACCUUGGGUACUGACGCGCCAGAGAAGGAUCAGAACCUCCUCGUCAAGCUGUUCGACUGCGCCACUUUCCGAGUGCGGGCGGUGUCGGACAUCGCGGGCGUUGAGCUCUGCGGCGCCCUCAAGAACGUGGUGGCCCUCGGAGCUGGCUUCUGCGACGGCUUGCAGUUCGGCAGCAACACUAAGGCGGCCAUCAUCCGGAUCGGACUGGAGGAAAUGACGACCUUCAUCCGGCACUUCCACCCGUCGGUGAAGGACAGCACCUUCCUCGAGAGUUGCGGCGUCGCCGAUCUCAUCACGACCUGCUUCGGGGGGCGCAACCGCAAGUGUGCCGAGGCGUUCGUGAAGGCGGGGGGCAAGGGCUGGGUUGACAUCGAGAAGGAGCUCCUCGGAGGCCAGAAGCUGCAGGGCACGCUCACGGCGCAGGAGAUCUGGCCGAUCAUCGAGGCCCACAAACUGACCUCUCGGCUGCCCCUGUUCACGACCAUCUACCAGAUCGCCUUCGAGGGCAAGGACCCGAAGAGCAUUGUGAGUCUAUCCCCAGCCAUCGAGGACGCGAACAAGCAAGAGAGUAAGUGAUUAUCACGGUCUCCCUCUUUCUUUCUCCUUCUCUCUCUCCCUCUCUUUCCCUCCCUCCCUCUCCCUCAUAAGGAUAUCCCCAUCCCGUUCUCCCUCCCCCCCGCGCCUGCGGGGACCCCCUCCCGGUCUCGACGGCGACCUGGGCCCGCAGUGCCCCAUCGGUCCUCGGGGGGCCCACGGGGGGGGCGGGCGCUCGUCUGGGUGGAGCCCUGCGGGCGUGCCGCGCUCGCCGUCUCCUCGUGGGCGUGCCCCGCGCCGGCGCGGCACCUCCGCGGCAGCGCGGAGCGACUUCUGCUCCUGCCCUCACACAGGCUCAGCCAGGCCGGUCGGCUGUCAGGAUCCUCUUUGGUGUGCAGGCUUCCAGAAGCGGGGGGGCUGAGAGCCACCUUCCGGUCUUCAGGCAGGCACGGCCCAGGAGCGUUUGCAGCAAACGGGCGCGGUUUCAUCGAGCGAUUGACAGUCAAAUUUUCCUCCAGGACGGGUGUCCACUACAGUAUGGUCUCGUGUUCAGGUGCAUUCGAUUGACAAUCGACUUGAGUGCUACCUCCUGGGAUAACAAA